AUGGGAACUCCCAUGCACCCUAACUCAAAGUUAGAAAAGAGUGGAACUGAGAAAGAUGUUGAUAAAACUAGAUAUAGAGGAAUGAUUAGUUCUCUAAUGUACUUAACAUCUUCUAAACCUGAUAUUAUGCAAAGUAUUGGAAUUUGUUCAAUGUUCCAAUCACAACCGAAAGAAUCACAUCUUUCUGCAAUUAAAAGGAUCAUCAGAUAUGUUCAUGGUACAUCCAACUUUGGUUUAUGGUAUCCUAGGACUGAUGAUUUUUCUGCAGUUAGUUAUUGUGAUGCAGAUUUUGCCGGAGAUAGAGUAGAUAGAAGAAGUACAUCUGGCAUAUGUUGUUUUCUGGGCAGAUCUUUGAAUAUCAAGUCAAGCAAGAAGCAGUCCACAGUAGCUCUUUCUACUGCUGAAGUUGAAUAUAUUGCCACUUCCUCUUGUUGUUCUCAGUUGCUUUGGUUGAAAAUUCAGCUUGCUGAUUAUAAGUUGAAUGCCGAUAACAUUCCCUUAUUGUGUGUGACAACCUGA